AUGGAGAAGCUGUCUUCCUCCUUAUCAGCUGUGAUCGUGGUAGAGAAGAUGGACAUUGUAGACUCCGUCUGGACCGAGGAUAUGGAGAGCAUUCAGGAUGACGACGAGAGGAUGGAAGAUGAAGAGAAAUAUCAGAAUUGUGAGAGGAACUUUGAGAAGAAACUCCAGAAUUGCAAGAGGAACCUCAAGAGGAACUUCCAGAAUUGCAAGAGGCCCAGUGAUGUGGACGUCCCACAAUUUGAUGCUGAGGAUAGCAUGAUGGAUGUUGACUUUGAUGGUGCCCAUUUUGAGGAUGAGGGAGAAUCAUUAUCAGAGGUGGAGGUGUAUGAGUGCACAGGGACUUGUUAUGCUCAGGAUGGUGUGACCUUUCUGGAUCUGUUUGAUGCUAAUGAGUAUGCAGAAUGCAGGAAGGAAAACCUCUUCUACCCUUUUGCAUCAAAGGAAGAGUGGGAGGUCGCCAAUUUUCUCCUGCGUUCUCCCCUCAGUAUGACAGCAAUUAACCAGUUUCUGGAACUCCCUAUGAUCCAUCAGUUGAAAUUGUCAUUCCGCAAUGCUAAAGAAUUACGAAGCUGCCCUAUCCAAUUAUUUUGGAGGGACCCAGUGGAAUGUUUGGAGAGUCUCUUCAGUAACCCCCUUUUCCACGACCAGCUCUAUUUUGUCCCUCGCCAUGUUUAUACAACAUCAGUGUGGCUUCUUCGUGUAUACUCAGAGUGGUUGACAGGUGACUCUGCUUGGGAGAUCCAGGACCAGCUUCCAAGAGGUGCGACAGUCCCAGGCACUGUACUUUCUUCGGACAAAAUGAAUAUCACCAAUAUGACUGGUGCCAGGGUCGCUCAUCCACUCCUUUUAGGCCUUGCUAACAUUCACAUGAACACUUGCACCAAGCUCUCAUCCAGAGCCUUUCUUCUUAUGGCCCUCCUCCAUAUCCUGCAGUAUUUGCAUUCAAAUCCACAGAUGCGGGGCAUGCUAGAAGAUCGCCUCAUGCAUGAAUGUCUUUCCAUAGUUUUGAAGCCCCUAAUGAAAGCUGCUGAAAUCGGAAUCAUGAUGUCUGACCCAGUAGGCAAUGUGCGCCACUGUUUUACACCUCUUGCAGCAUAUAUUGUCGAUACCCCGGAGGCAUGUAUGCUGCAUGCAUGGGAAAACUUUGCUGUUUACCUUGGCAUCAUAUCUGGACUCAAUAGCAUAACAGUUGACCCUAAUGACCUUGAAGCUUACUUCCAGGCAUGCGAGAAAUACCAACUAAAUGGUGUCCAUUCUCCUCUUUGGGCGGACUGGCCGCUUGCUGAUCCUUCAGUCUUUUUGACACCCAAACCUUUGCAUCACUGGCACAAGGAGUUUUAUGAUCAUGACCUCCAAUGGUGCCUUACAGUUAUUGGAGUGCAGGAAUUAGAUUUUUGUGUUUCAAUAUUGCAGCCUACUACAGGUUAUCACCAUUUUUCUGGUGGGUUUUCAAAAUUGAAGCAAGUCACAGGUAGAGCGCACCGAGAUCUCCAGCAUUACAUUGUUGGCCUGAUUGCUGGUGCAGCUCUCCGUCAAUUUGUGAUUGCGAUCUGUGCUCUUAUGGACGUCCGGUACAUGGCGCAGUCUCCUUCACCUGAUGAAAAUUUACUGGCGCAUAUUGACAGAUCACUUUUAAUCUUUCACAAAAACAAAGACAUUAUCAUCUCCCUAAAGGCUUGGAUGGGGACAAAGAAGCCUAUCAACAGCUGGUUCAAACCGAAGCUCAAACUCAUGCAGAGCAUCACUGCCAGCUCAUGCAAAGUUGGCGCCCUUAUUCAGUGGUCCACAGACACCACUGAGCAUGCCCAUAUAUCUGAGAUUAAGGACCCUGCACGGCACACUAAUAACAACGACUAUGAUCCUCAGAUCUGUCGUCAUUUAGAUCGCCAGGAGAAGCUGCAAUGUUUCACAAUUGCUACAACACUGAAGAGUACUUGCGCUGAUUCUAACUCAGAAGAAUUCCUUGAGGAUGAGGAAGACGAGGAAGAUGAUGGAGAUUGUGAUGAACUGACAGACCUCAAAGCAAGGCAAUUGGUUGGUGCAAGAUGUGAUAAUAUUUCUCACCCUCCUUGGACAUUUGUUGCUGCCUCCACUGCUAUUCAUCUUAAUUUUGACCCUACUCGCACUGGGUUGAAAGUCGAUGAGGUUGCUGAUGACUUUGACAUACCAGAUUUACACCAGGCUCUUUCCAACUUCUUGCAAUGUGAUGGGAGGAAUGGAGAAGCAGGCCAUGGGUUGGGGGUUCCAAGGAGACCACAAAUCAACCAUCUCUCAGUUCUUCCUUUUGAACAUAUCCAGAUAUGGCAUACUGUUUGUUUGCAACAAGUUUCUUUCUAUGAUGCCAGUGUUGUAUUACCCGCACAGACUGUGCAUGCCUCCCCUUCAUCUCCUACCAGCGGGUGGCCAAAAGGCUGA